AUGACGGGCGGGCCAGCGACGCACCCGGGCCCACCCGUCAUCCACCCUAACCCGCGCACGCCCCCACCUGGCAGUCUCGUCUCGCCAAAAGGCGCCGCACAGCGGGUGGCGGCGCGACGCACGCACGCACGGCUCCUCCUGUCCUGCUCACUCGACCGGCUCGGCAGCCUCAUGAAUCUGGCCGCCCUCACCUCCACGGCCGUCCCUCCCCAUGCCCAUGGGCUCAUGCCAUUAAACCUCGCCUCCGCCUCCUCCUCCUCGCUCCGUCGCUCCCUCUUCGCCUCCCUCCGGAAGAAGAUCUCCCCGAUGGCAUCCGCCCCCGCCUCCGCCUCCGCGGCCCUCUCCACCGCCGCCCCCGCCGACAACGGCGCCGCCAAGCCCGCGGAGCAGCGGCCCGUGCAGGUGGCGAAGCGAUUGGAGAAGUUUAAAACAACAAUUUUCACACAGAUGAGCAUGCUCGCCGUGAAGCAUGGAGCAAUAAACCUUGGUCAGGGCUUUCCCAAUUUUGAUGGCCCUGACUUUGUCAAAGAGGCUGCUAUUGAGGCUAUCAAGGAUGGAAAGAAUCAGUAUGCAAGAGGAUAUGGUGUGCCUGAAUUGAACUCAGCUGUUGCUGAAAGAUUUCUCAAGGACAGUGGAUUGCAGAUCGAUCCUGAUAAGGAAAUUACUGUUACAUCUGGGUGCACAGAAGCAAUAGCUGCAACGAUAUUGGGUCUGAUCAACCCUGGGGAUGAAGUGAUCUUGUUUGCUCCAUUCUAUGAUUCUUAUGAGGCUACACUGUCCAUGGCUGGUGCGAAUGUUAAAGCCAUUACACUACGCCCUCCAGACUUUGCAGUCCCUCUUGAAGAGCUAAAGGCCGCAGUCUCGAAGAAUACCAGAGCAAUAAUGAUCAAUACACCUCACAAUCCUACUGGGAAAAUGUUUACAAGGGAGGAACUUGAAUUCAUUGCUGAUCUCUGCAAGGAAAAUGAUGUGUUGCUCUUUGCCGAUGAGGUCUAUGACAAGUUGGCGUUUGAGGCAGAUCAUAUAUCAAUGGCUUCAAUUCCUGGCAUGUAUGAGAGGACCGUCACCAUGAACUCUCUGGGGAAGACGUUCUCCUUAACCGGAUGGAAGAUCGGCUGGGCGAUAGCACCACCGCACCUGACAUGGGGCGUGAGGCAGGCACACUCCUUCCUCACAUUCGCCACCUCCACACCAAUGCAAUCAGCAGCGGCGGCAGCUCUGAGAGCACCAGACAGCUACUUCGAGGAGCUGAAGAGGGACUACGGCGCAAAGAAAGCACUGCUGGUCGACGGGCUUAAGGCCGCGGGCUUCAUCGUCUACCCGUCAAGCGGAACCUACUUCGUCAUGGUUGACCACACCCCGUUCGGGUUCGACAACGACAUCGAGUUCUGCGAGUACUUGAUCCGCGAGGUUGGCGUGGUCGCCAUCCCGCCCAGCGUGUUCUACCUGAACCCCGAGGACGGGAAGAACCUGGUGAGGUUCACCUUCUGCAAGGACGACGACACGCUGAGGGCCGCGGUGGACCGGAUGAAGGCCAAGCUGAGGAAGAAAUGA